CAAUGCGGAACAAGUUUAACCAGUAAUACACCAUUCAAAUGCUAUAGUUGUAUGUCUCGUUAUUAUGGAGCUACGUGGCAGUUUGCUGGAUACAGUCGGAUUUAUAUGGAACCUCGUUCAUUUACAGACUAUUGCAGCAACCCAAAUAUUAGAGGCGCAGACGUUCCAUUUGUCUUUUGUGAUGGUUCCACUAAUUGCAUUUCGAUCGAGGAGAAUCUCAAAAUUGGAAUAGGCGCUCAAGGCUUUAUACGCGGAUGUUGGUCAUCAAUAUUCCUAUGGGGCUUUAAUCGAACUGGCACAGUGGGAGCUUUACGAAAUCGUGAAUUCUGUUAUAAUUUUAAUUUAUCUCAGGUUAUCGCUGGUGGAAAACCAUUUGAGUCACAGAUUUGUUCUUGUGGUGGCAAUCUUUGUAAUGGCAAUUCAUAUUCGUCAAGUAAUUUUUCUACGAAAUGCAUAAUUCUUCUUUCUAUCAAUUAUAUGAUAUUUUCUUAUAUUUUUAGGAUAUAG